CCCCCUCCCAUCUUCCUCAUCUCCCCUUAUUUCCUUCCUUAAACCGUACUCUCUAGCUAGAACCACCUGUGACUUCGUUUUUGACUUUUCAGCCAUAACCACCGUUUUGGUUAACGGUUUAAAACCUCUGAUACAUUCUCGGAAACCCACUCUAACUGUAUAUCACUGCACUCUCCCAAAACUUACCCAUGAAAAAGCACCGCGACGUUAUCGUCAGCCCCUUCGACCUCCUCACCGACGAGAUCGUCUUUGCCAUCCUCGACCGCCUGAACGACGACGCAUUGGCGAAGAAGUCCUUUUCACUCGCCUGCAAGAGCUUCUAUACCAUCGAGUCCCUCCAUCGCAGAGCCUUGAGGCCUCUCCGCUCCGAACUGGUUACGCGGCUCCUCAAACGUUACCGUUUUAUCUCCCACCUCGACCUCUCCUUGUGCCCUUGCGUCGAGGACGGCACGCUGUUUCGGGUAGCCGCUGAGACUCAGUCUCGUCUUCGCUCGAUCGAUUUAUCUAAGUCGAGGUUCUUUACGCACGCAGGCCUAUCCAGCCUCGUGGCGAUGUGUGCGGGAUUGGUGGAGAUCAACCUGUCGAACCGGACGGAGCUGAGCGACUCGGCUGCUGCAGUCUUGGCGCAGGCGAAGAAUCUUGAGAGGCUUCGGUUGGCGAGGUGUAAGAUGAUCACGGACAUGGGGAUUGGUUGCGUGGCUGUAGGGUGCAGAAAGUUGAGGUUGGUUUGCUUGAAGUGGUGCCUGCGUGUCAGUGAUCUUGGAGUGGGAUUGAUUGCUAUGAAAUGCAAGGAGAUUCGGAGUUUGGAUCUUUCUUACCUACCGAUCACCGAGAAAUGUCUUUCACCAAUACUGCAGCUAGAACAUCUCGAAGAUCUGGUUCUUGAGGGAUGCCCUGGUAUUGAUGAUGAUGGCCUUGCAACCCUCAAACACUGUUGCAAUUCGAUAAAGAUGCUUAAUUUGUCCAAGUGUCAGAAUGUCAGUCAUGUGGGGUUGUCUUAUCUGACAAAUGGGGCUGAGCACCUACAGCAGCUUAUUCUAGCAUAUGGUCCUGCGGUCACUGCUGAUAUGGCAAAAUGUCUGCAUUAUAGUUCGGGGUUGCAAUCGAUUAAAUUAGAUGGUUGUUCAGUUACAACGUCUGGGAUAAAAGCCAUUGGAAGUUGGCUUGCCUCACUGGAGGAGCUGAGCUUAAGUAAGUGCUCAGGAGUGUCUGAUGAAAGCCUAUCCUUCCUUGUUCAAACACACAAAGAACUGAGGAAGUUAGACAUCACAUGCUGCCGCAAGAUAACAUAUGCCUCUAUAGACAGCAUCACGAAUUCAUGCACCUCCCUUACCUCUCUGAGGAUGGAGUCUUGUAGUUUCAUUUCAAAGGAUGCUUUUACAUUGAUUGGAAGAUGCUGCCAUUUCUUGGAGGAAUUGGAUGUCACAGAUAAUGAAAUUGAUGAUGAAGGGUUGAAGUCCAUCUCGAGAUGUUCCAAACUUCUUACCUUAAAGCUUGGGAUUUGCUUGAACAUAACUGACGAUGGACUUACUCAUGUUGCAAAUGGUUGUCCUAAGCUCAAAGAGCUAGAUUUGUACAGAUCCUCUGGAAUAACUGAUGCUGGCAUUGCAGCAAUUGCUCAUGGAUGUCCUACACUGGAGAUGAUUAAUAUUGCUUAUAAUGAUAAAAUAACGGAUAGGUCAUUAAUAUCCUUGUCAAAAUGUCUGAUGUUAAAAGCCCUUGAAAUUCGAGGAUGUCAUUCUGUCUCAUCAGUGGGUCUAUCAGCCAUUGCUAUGGGAUGUAGGCAACUUAUGGUGCUGGACAUAAAGAAAUGUGUUAACAUUAGCGAUAAUGGAAUGAUUCCACUUGCUCAAUUUUCUCAAAACCUCAAAGAGAUAAACUUGUCAUAUUGUUCAGUUACAGAUGUAGGGCUCUUAGCCCUUGCCAGCAUAAGCCGGCUAAAGAACAUGACUAUCUUACACUUGGUGGGUUUGACCCCUAAUGGUCUAGCUGCAGGCUUGUUGGCCUGCCGAGGGCUAACAAAAGUGAAGCUCCAUAAAUCCUUUAAACCUUUACUUCCUCAAUCUAUUUUUCAAUUCAUGGAAGCCCGUGGCUGUAUGUUUCACUGGAGGGACAAAGUAUUCCAGGUGGAAAUAGAUCCGAAAGGAUGGGAGCUGCAUUAUGGUAGGAGUCCUGGAGCUCCAUAGAAAGGGAGAAGAGGGGGGUUGGCAUAGACUUGUUUUCUCUGUAUUUGACAAUGGAUAUUUGGAUGCUGAGUCUGAGAUUAUCCACUCAAAGUUUGAAUCAACCAUGCAUAUUUGACCAUUUUGUUGGCCUUGUCAGUCUAUGUCUGUGUUAAAUAAUAUUACAAAGGUAGACCUUGGAUGGGAUUAAACAGCCUAGACUAGUUAGUCACUUUGGGGAAGGCUUCAGCUCAGUCCAGGUGUGAAGAAAUUGUAAUACUUGGUAGAUAUGAGAUAUGAACUGAGUCAAAUAUUCACUA